GGUCGGGUCGUACCAGUAAGAGCCGAGCACAACCCACACCGAAGGGGAGCAGACACUCCGAAUCCAUUCUGCCUUCCUCCCUCCCUCCUCCAAGUAGUACCACCAGCAGUUGGGGUGUUCGGGACGAUUGAUUAGAAAGAAAAAGGGACAUUUGGGUGCCGGAUCUCGCCCGACGGUACCCGUCUGCCGCAUUCAUUGACUGUGAGUGCGUGAGUCUACCGGUGAAUCAAGGUAUUCCUGGUCCACGCACUCGGAUGCCACUCGAGCGCAAAUUGCGUCGUCCGCCGACGACGUCCACCGCGCGUCACGAACACACCGAACGGACGCACAAUCGCGACGCACCCCGUUGCUGCCGUCUCCUCGACGCCGCGGCUCGGGACGUCUUGGGGGGACCGUCGGAACCGCACAACGAACGGGAGACCGCCACGACCGCAUUGGCACCCUUGCUCGUCAACGUCAUUCGACAAGUACUCCGGGACGAGUUGCAACCCACGAAAACUGCGUUCGGCGACCAAGGCCUUGCGCACACUACUCCCAUUCCCACUAACGGCAAUGACAAUCCCAACGGCGGCAAGAAGAGACGGAAAAAGAAAAAGAAUAAGAGUACGAACAAACACGAUCAUGAGCAUGAAAAGAGUGACAGUGUCCCACCCACACAGUCAUCGGGGGAACCGGCACCGCCUACGGGACAUACCGUUACGGAAGAGGAAAACACUUUCCCAGACAAGAGUCCACGUUCCACCUUUUUACAGAAUCCAUCUUUGCGCAGAUAUUUGGCUUCCCAACCCUCCCUAUUUUCAUCGUCGUCGCCGGAAUCGAACUCUGACCUACUGGAGCCCUUUUUGGAACUGUGGAAUCGCCGCUCCCGGGAAAACGUCAACAUUUGUUCCCAAGCCGACGUCCAGCGCUUGAUUGCGGCCAUUGCGUGUGAAGCCUGUCGCCGGGAAGUGGCUCACGUCCUUGAAGUCUAUGCCCGCGUUGAUCACGUCCCCCGCACCGCCCCUGCGGUGCCCGACAGACUGGGGUCGGCCGAUCCCAAUGUCUUUGAUUACGUCGCCAUGGAAGAAGGAAUAGCCCGGACGCGGGCACUCUAUGCCGACCAAAUUCUACGCUUCGAGCUCGUUCCUUCCGCCGACGGACACUCUGUUGGUUGGCGAUUGCGACGUUCCCAUACGGAUCUGUCCCAGCCGUGGAGUCGGGCCGACUUUCAAACCCUCGUGGAAGACUUUAUCUUACUGGGUGGCGUGCCGAUGGACGAGUGGCGCGGCGCCGAUGCCGGACUCGUGUCCGAAUUCGACUUGGGAGUCUCUGAUCACGCGCAAACCCUGCACGAUAUGCCAACGGUUGACAAUAACAUUGACAUGAAGGCGCCUACCGUCUUUCAGGACAUUGACGAAUCCUUGUGCAGCUUGUUGGCUCAAGUCUUGCGCAUCGUCACGGAAACGACACGAUCGUAUUUGAACAUUCUGACCCACCUGGGAGGACAACACACGGCUUCUCGGGUCGAUGAGGCCCACCCGAUGGUGCUGCGUGCGGACGCGGUAUCCACACUCGACUGGGCACACCAGGGUGUCACGCUGUGUUGGCAAGCCUACGGACGAGCGCUCGAUCGAAUCUUGCAGGCCGUGACGGUGUACGAAAUACAAUGGACGAGCAUGGCCGAUCGGCACGGCGUCCUCCCAAAACUCUUUGUGUCCUCCACGACCCGAAAGUUGUACCGCAACAUGCUGAAUGUGAAACUGCAAGCCGUCGUUGCCGCCAUCGAUCAAGUCCGGAAUGUUUUGGAUCAAGUCGAGUUGGUGGACGCGCAAGUGCAGCCCCAGUGGACGACCUCGUUUGGACGGAAACUAUACGCGGUGGAAGCUUUUUAUCAAGUCGUGGCCAGCUCACAGGGUGGGAAACACUGCGCCAAAAAGCCCUCGGAUAUUGCGACGGAAGAUGUCCUGUAUGACUUUCGGGAAUGGACAGAAACGGUUCACCAACAUGCGGUAAAUGGUAUUCUUGAGGUCCACCAAACGCGACGAGAAAAAGCUUUGCGCUUGUGGAGGUCCUUGCAGGGGGAACUCCUUGCGGGGGACAGCGACGUUGCCGACCACGCAGCGGUCGAUACUCCCGCCAUCCUCCGCUUGGAAGAAGCCCUCGCCGGACCGGACACUACGAUCGAUUCGUUGCAGGCCCUGCGCCGAUUGGUGGCUCCCGGCCUGCUGUGCACGGUGGAUUUGUGGCUCUCGCUGCGACGGGGAGACAGUAAGGAUACCUUUGAGAGUCAACGACCGGCCGUCCUGCCCUUGUCGUUUCUGCAGUGGAUUGCGGGUCGCAAUCUGGACCAGUCCAACUCCCAGUACUGCUUGGGUAGUGACGGCAAGGAUCGGGCAGCGUGCAUUUUAGUGGCGCUUCUGUUUCGAUGGUUGUCCGACCGCUGCUUGGAAUGGCAGGCCGAGAUGGCCGAACAGGAGCUCCUUCAAGCCAUGGACAGCUUUCUAGAGGAACCAGGCGCUACGGGAAAAGCCGGCGUACCUAACAAGAAGAAAUCCAAAAAGAAAAAAGACAAGAAAACGGCGAGUUCGGUGAAAGCUACCACUACUCAAAUUACUCCGAAAGCGACCACCGACUUGGAGGUGGAACAUACGAAUCUCGACACCAAAGAUAUUGUCCUCUCUGAUUUAGACGAGUGCAAAGGAAAAGGCGAAACGGCAGUAUCGUCUACGGAGCCUGAGACCACAAAGGCUGGGGAACCCUUGGAAUCCCAAUCGCCAUUGGAACAGUUAUCUGACUUAGUACAACGGCCUAAAAUACCCGAGCAAAAUGGAAAGAUAACAUUCGCAAGCGGCGUCGCUGACUCCGACGAGUUGGAAGCUAAAGUUAUCAAAGAAGCAAAGAUUUCCAAUGCGCCGAAGAAAAAGGUGAAAACGAACACAAAGAAAAGUAAUCGCUUUGUGCGCGAGAGAGGUAAAUUGGUCGAGGAAGAUCCGAAAGAAGCCCACAAAAAUGGAGAUCGCAGCUCGGAUGAGGCUGAUUCCAUGCUGGCAAAGAAGCACACCGAGAUUCAGCGAACGGCAUCUCUUGGUCCCGAGCAAAAAGCAGCUGGUCACGACGAAAACCCCCGCAUAGAUCAAGCGUGUGUACGCGAUGACUUGGACUUGGACAAAUUGGUUAAUAGUGGCGUGUGGGAUGGUCCGAGGGUGCAGCUGGCGGAAGACUUUUUCGUGGAAAGGCUACUGGCUGUUUUGGACGAAGGAAACUAUACCAUUUUGUAGGAAUGCCGACAGCUACACAAGCAUAGAUCUUAACUGAGUCUAUUUAAGUAUGUAAAGUGUUCAUCC